AUGGCUAAAGCAAAAGGAUUCUCGGGAGGAAGAAUGACAAAGCAGACUGCCCAAAAGAGCACCGGAGGUCCUGCGCCCGUCAUGAGUUUAGGGCCAACAAAGUAUUCUGCUACCGAAAAGGACACGAUUACUCCAGCUGCCGCUACCGAAAACUCUGGUGGACCUGAAGAUGAAGAGGCGAACGAUGGGAUGCUUAGUUCUGUAGCUCUUCGUAGAUCUGCUAGGAGUACUCGCCGUCCCCAGAAAUAUUUCGAGGAUGACUAUCAAGAUGCGGAAGUCCCUGCCAAAAGUCGUCCCCGGGCCACUGCAAUAACUACAUUGGAACCGUCAAAUCCGAAAUACGCUGCAAAGAGCCAGCAGCACAUCUACUGUGCUGGGUGUAAGGACGGUGGCAAACUUCUCCAAUGUGAUGCUCCUACUCUAUACCCUGUACUUCCGCAUUGUGGGCGUUUCGUUUGCUGGGGACAUGAGGGCAGUCGAAAGUGUAUUGAGGUGAAAUCGGGAGUCACUGAGGCCCUCCUUGAAGAUGAAGAUAAUGCUUUUCUCUGCCCGGCUUGUUGGAGUAUGAUCUCUAAGAUGAAUUUAGUCAAGACGAAUUGGGACCUUGCUUACCCAGGGAUUGUUAUUCGAGAAACCUUGGCGCCGAUUCCCAAGAUGAUCCAUAUGGUUAACAGUAACAGCCGUACAUUUUUCAAUCCUCUUGACAUCCUUCCCAUGGCUGUUAUCUCUAUUUCCCUUGAGGGGAUGGCCAUUGAGCCAUUUGAUACAUGUCUUGUUGAGCUUCGGGGCUUCUACAAAGAUACUGAUGUCCCAUUCAUAGCGCCUCGUAUUGAAUUUGAUCUUUACCAUAAACGCGACCAGUAUAUCGAAGUGAUUGAGAACCUUGUCAUCGAGCUUAAAUCCAAAGGAAUAGAACGUGCGGUUGUAUUCUUUACUACACACUCUACCCCAGAUGGAAUGCUGCAUUUCAGCCCCGGUGGUGUGAAUGGAGCUAGUACUAAUACUUGUGAUGUUCUGGCCGGAAUCUUCACUGAGGAAUUCCAGGAGGUACUCGGCACCAUGGACACUACGCUGUUCAUAUUGGCUUGUGGUGGUGCCUUUAUGUUGAAGGAGUCAUUUGACUCCAUCGGCGCAUUGGCAAAAACGAGGACUUUCGACCGUAUGGCAGCGUUUCCUGCACAUGACUUUCAGCCAAACAAUGCUUCGUCAUGGUGCAAUUUGUUCAUUCGACGAAUCUUAAUUCAACGCGAAAGCGUGGAACGUGUACUUCUAAGUAUAUGUGCUGACUCUACAAGUCUUGGUACCCACAGCCACAUUUUAGUCUGGUUCUACGAUCCUACCCAUCCAGUGUCCGACAAAGAUGCUCAAUCACUCCAAGUUCAAAAAGCGAUUUGGUGUCAAGAAAUCGAGGCACCCUUCGGCAUCCGUAUUACAGAGGCUAUGUGUCGCGACUGUGGUGUCCUUCGACAACGUGAAAUAGUCCAUCAUCGGGGACAACGUUUCUUCACCAUACGCUGCCGGGGUAGGGUACAGCCACCUGCAAGAGGACCGAGGGGGAGAGCUGUACCACGAAGCCUGUCCCGCCCAUGUAUGGAUCGGACAGUUGCACUGUUUGGAGCUCAUCGUGAGGCUCCGAAGGGACCAGCUCAUGUUAAUGGUGUGUGGUUUGCUGCGCCAUAUGUCUGGUCAUCUCAGGAUGGGAAGGACUCUUUUUGA